ACCCCUUUAGCUCCACCUAAGUUUGAGAUUUCAGUUUUUUGGCAAAAACAAGGCCAUUUUGAGAUUUGAAUGCUUUUCUCUUUGGCAAUGGCUGACAACAUUUUCCCCUCAAAUAACAAAAAGAGAGCAUUGCAUGUUGCGGGCCUCGUUUGUCUCAUGCUGUUGAUGCAGAUGGGAGAUGCGACUCAGUUCAAAGUUGGAGGCUCCAAGGGCUGGACUGUUCCAACUGAUCCUAAUGAAGUCCACUAUAAUCAAUGGGCAGAGAAAAACCGGUUUCAAAUUGGAGACUCCCUACUGUUCGUGUAUCCACCUGACCAAGACUCGGUGCUUCACGUAAAACAGGAAGACUACAUCAAUUGCAACAUUGAAGCUCCCAUCGAAAAAUUCUCCGAUGGCAAUACUGUCGUCAAGCUAAGCCAAUCUGGGCCUUUCCACUUCGUAAGCGGCAACAAGGAUCACUGUCUCAAAAAUGAAAAACUGGUGGUGAUUGUGCUGGCAGAAAGAAGCAACCAAACAAGGACAGGUUCUCCAGCUCCAGCACCUGCCGGGGAAGAGUCUCCGUCGCCACCCGCCGGGACAGUGGAAAUAAACCCCGCUCCAGCUCCUGUCAGUGAACCUCCUCCUCCAAGUGGAGCUUCUUCAAUCUCAAUUAGCUCUAUCAGUUCCCUUGGAGCAUUCACUGCUUCAUCUCUUCUUCUAUUAUUCUCUGCAUGAAUAUGUUUGCAUAAUUGAGUUGAUUUUUUUUUUCCUUUUUUUUUUUUUUUUUUAUCACCAUUGAUUUUCGUACAGACCUUGAGCUCAGUGAUUUCAACUGUGUUUUCAAAGGUUGAAUGGCUUGUUGUAUAGUUGAGAAAUAAGCUGACAGUGACAUGCUAGUUGGUGUGUUUGAUAAAAGAACAUUUGUACGUACAUAAGGAAAUAAAUGGAUUUGUACACUGUGUGAAUGCUCAA